AACCGGUGACAAUUAAUACACAAGUGAACCGAGAUCGUCGACAUAGUGAAUCAUAACGUCGAGUUGUGUAUAAAAUAAUACUCUUAUAACACUCGGAAUUAUUAUAGGUCCUAUUAUUAUACGUCUUCCAAAAUACAGCGUUGUUCAAUCAAAAAAAAAAAAAAAAACGGUAAAACUCAUUCCGAAACUCGGACAGUUUGAUAAUACAUUUUUUUUUUCGGCGGAUUUUGUUUCAAAACUCGGCGUUGCCAAUGCGACUUCCGUCGGAUCCAACAUUAAUAUUCUGAAGAUGGACGUGUAAAAGUACCUGUCAUAUUUGAUAUCAAUAAGGAACAAUGUCGCAAUCAAAUCGGCCGUGUUUCGUUAUCCAGCGCAAUCUCGAUAUUUUUUUUUGUACGACAACUUUUCAACGGGUUCAAUUGAAACGUUCAGUUGAAUUUUUCGGAAUGCGCGGUUUAUAUUCUCGUCUGUCCAAAAACAAUAAUAUUACCGUAGAUAAAACAAUAUCUCCGGACGGAUAUUGUGUUGAGUUAAUGGCCGCGGGUCUAUGACCGAGACCGUUAACAGCGUCGUUUCGACCGGCCACGGUGUUUUGAACCGGUUUCCCGCAAGUGGAUUGGUCAUGGUCUUUUUGAACCAACUACCGUAAUUGAUUUUUUAUAAUAAUAUAGGUAUUUAUUAUUAUUAUUAUUAUUAUAGGUGAAUCAUUAAAUUCAACGCGAUUGCCCGUCGAUUGCCUCCGUGAAAGAAAAUAACGAAAAAACUGUUUCGUCUUUGCGCAUCGUUCGAAUCGACAUGACGUCGCGCGCCUCUGUCGAAACGUAAAGUUAAUUUGGCCGUACACGGAAUCACGCAAACGUCGCACUUCGAGCAGGUAAGUCACGCAUCCGCUCGCGAACAUUUGAUUGCAUUUUUAUUCCGUUCGAUAUCCGGUAUUAAGUGGCCGUUUUAUGCCCGCAUCUAUACUGUCUCGGUCCAACUACCAUGCAAAAACAAUGCUUACCGCAGAAUAAGUAAAACUGGCCUAAUUUCGAUUUUAGAGUACGUAAUUACGUAUCUAUUAUGUACACGUGUGGAGAACAAUAAUUCGGAGAGAAUGUCAUAGGGAUUUUGUAUUGUUAAAAGUAUGCAAUUCUAUAUCAAAUGUACAAAAACUUUUUUUUUUUUUUCAAAUAACUAACUUUUUCAAUGGUUCAUAAUUCAAAAAAACACCCAUGACAUUACCUCCGAAAUAUUGUUGUCUAUACAUUUUUCUCAAUAGGUAUUUUUAAUGUUAAAUCAAAAUUAAGGUGGUUUUACUCAUUCCACGUAAGCAUUGUUUCUGCGUGUUACCCGGUUGUUAGACUGAGACUGCAAUAAAUACGGGUAUAACGCUCUUUUAAAUCGCGAGUUUUUUCCUCGCUUUAGUCACAGCGUCGUUUGUCAUUUGUAUUGUUGUAGAGAGUGGCGUCGGGUCUUUAAAAACCGGCGGUUCAAAUCAUCUUCGUUUAGAACUCACAAAACGCCCCACCCACCAAAUGACCCAUUGACCGAUAGACAAUUACUUAUCAAAAUAUAUACCUGACAAACGGGUGUCAAUUCAAUUAAUUUAGUGUAAUUAUUGCUAUUGAAUUAUGUACUUACCACCCAGGCACAGCAAUCAUCACUCACACGAUUCAGGUGGUUCGUUUGAAUAUGUUUUAGAUAGAAAAAAAAAAAAAAAAAACGGAAAUUCUAAAAUAUUAGAUUCGGAGCGUAACGAGGAGCGUCCGUAAACAAAUUUUCGAAAAGCAAUUUUGCUCCGAUGUAUGGAGUAAUAACAGUGUUUUUUCUGAAAGGAAACUUUCGUCCGUUCGGAUAACCGCGUCUUUCAGAUUAGGAUUUAGGACUGUGUUUUAUAAUAUAGUUGGAACUCGUUAAUCCGAAAAUUGGGCUAAUGCGAAUAUUAUGGUUAAAUACAUCGAUUAAGUUUGUCACUUUGUCUGUUGUUAUAAUAGGCGCAUAUUAUGGGAACCAGUGUUCAAAAAAAUAAUUAAACUCGAUAUUUAAAUUAACGAACAUCAAUAUGUAUGCAGUUUAUUAUAAUAAUACUAAUUAUUAUUAUAAUUGCAUGUACUUGUGUUCAUCGUCUUUUUCAAUUACAGAUAAAAAUUAAUUUUUAACCUUAAAUUGCAUUCAAAUUCAUAUUUUUUUUUUUUUUGUAAAAUAAUAGGGAAUCCGAACGACCCUUUUCCCCAAACCCGUUCGGAUUAACAAGACCGUAUUGUAAUUAAAUAUGAUAAACUUAAAUAUUAUGUAAACAUAAUAGUACACGCGGACAUAAUGGUAUUGGGUAUAACAUAAAAGACGGACAAACUCCGCACGAUGGGUGGGUCACUGUUGUAGGUGAAAAGUUGGGAAGGUAUGCAGCAAUUAACCAUAGCUAACGAAAAACGAUUCUGUUCGGUUAACAGUGUUGUUUUUGCUUUUCAAACUUUGAUAUUAAAAAUUCUUAUAAAAAAAAAUUCUGUAUUGCACUCAAUUUUUUUUUUUUUGUACACAAUAUACGACUUAUAAUGAACCUCCUGUUGAAUUUUCUAGCAUUUCUGUUUGGUCUAACAAUUUUAUCUACGGAGCACUAACCGAACAAAAAUUACCUAAAUAAUUCAUACAGUCGCGUCCACUGAAUAUUAAGAAUUUGAACGAUUCGGAAUUAUAAAAAGUAGAUACAAUUUACAAAAAUGUAAUUAAAAAUAAAUAAAUCGUUUUUUGUGGCCUACUGAAAUUUUCUCGGUGGACCUCGUCGGUUCAACACGACGCAAAAUAGUUUUUUCUAUACCUAAUCGAAUAUUAUAUGCAAUGAAGCCGUUAAUCACACAAUGGUAUUUAAGGGUUCACAUUUAAGCAAUUACAAUGACAUUAUUUUUUUAAUAUAGUCGAUAUCGCGAGUUUAUUUUAUUGUGUGUGAUUGUGUAAGAAACUUAAUCGUUUACGGAAAAACGUCGAAUUUUCCACAAAAGUAUGAAUCAUAUGUUUACCUGGCGAAAAAAAUGACAAUAAUAUUGUUAUUGACACAUAUUUAGCAAUGAUAUUAUAAUUCCGGUGCCCCCAUAUGACUGCAACAAAUAUUAUCGACAUUUAAACAAAUUAUAAUUUUAAAAUAAAAUUAAAUUCGGUCUUAUAAUUGGUUAAUUAUCAAUAGAGUAUAAUAGUUAAUUAUGUUUAUACACGUUUAUUUUUAAAUAAUGAAUAGCAAACAGUACAGUAGGUACCGAACUGUACUAUUUGCUCAUGCAGUUUUACUCGUUAUUAAUUGUUAAAAUAUGUUUACACAGUUCUAUGCAAUAUUAAUUGGCCAGAUAUGAAUUGAUUGUCAGUACAUCAAAAAGCUGAUAAACCUGGUCUGACAGACCAUAGCGGAAACAAUAUGAAUGGAGUACUUGGAAUAUUUUUCUCGGCGUUUUUAAUCCGAGCCAGAUUCCUCCAUGUGGGUAAGUAAAGUUCAAUACAUGUUUAACCAUCGUUAAAUUAACAUUGGUAUUUAUUUUACAACAGUUAAACAGCCAAUUGGUAUCGGUUGUGAUAUACACAUCAACAGUGAAAUUUCACAUAAACAGCCACUGGUCCUGAAAGAAAUUCAAGGAAACGAAAAAGGUUAUGCAUUUGACGAACCUGACGUGGAAGAUGAUAUGUUUUUCAAAUCGGGUGAAAGCGUGUUGCUGGCGUGUCCCGGAAGUGGUUUUCACGAUAGUAAUAAUACCGAAUUAAGAGUAAACUGUGUUCAGUUGAGAGGAUUCCGUGAUGAGAUUAACAAAGAAGAGCGAUCGUUUGAGCAAUUUAAGUGCAAUCGUCUUCCAGAAUCAAAAUUGAAGAGGGAAGGCCAGUGUGCUGGCAAUAAAAGUGCGUUUGCGAUCGGUUUCGAAGUGCGCGAGGCAUUUGUCAAAAUUAUAGACUUAUGUUUUGACGAAGAUACAAACUCGGCGUUAUACGCAGUACACAAACUAACGCCAAACAUAACAGGGUCAGUAAACAUAAAUAUACCUAACACAUUUUGUUAAUGUUGUUAAAUAGAACGAACGUAUUGUAAUAGCGAUUAAAAUAAAUACAGCUCAUUCUGAUUUUUAAGUGGCUUCAAAAGGUUUCAAAAGAAUUACGAGUUUCACAUAAAUAUUUAAUUGUCAGAUUAGUAUAUUAGUAUUUACAUAAAUCGUUGUCCUAAACAUUUCUCAGGUAAAAUAAUAUUAUUAUGUUUACCAUGAAAUGCACACUGCGAACAGUAUUUAUUAAAGCACUAAUGAUUUUUUGUCGGACCUUUACAUUAUUCAUAUAAUACAUUAGUGGACCUGUGGACGAAAGGUUGAGCAUGGAUAUCUACGGCCAUUUAACCAAGUUAUUACUGAGGGUAAAUUCGGGAAUACAUUUGUAAUUAAUUAUAAGUUACCUACAGGACUGUAAUAGUUGAAUAACACUCUUAAAUAGUUAACGUUUUAUCAAACGCUUAAUAAUUUAUAAACAUUUUCAUUUUAUUUUUUUUUUACGAAUUCCUUUAAAACUGAAAACAUUUAAAGUUAGUGUAGUAAAAAUACAUACCUAAAGUUUAAACCGAAUUAAUAAUUAUUACUAUAUAUAAUUCUAUGAACUUAUCGCUGUAGUUUAUGGAAGUAUAGAGAAAAAUAAUAAUUGUAAUAAUUUUAUCAUCUUCCUCGUGUAUUUUUUUAUCUUAUAAUUUUUUAAUAGUUUUUUCAGUUAAUCAGUAUUGCGUAAUUUUAGGUCCCAAAAAGAUGGUUACCGGAUAAGCUUCAAAGAAGGUGGCUUAUUCCCGAGUUUUUCGGCCAAUGUUGCAUACAACCGCGAUCAUCAGAAAUAUAUGUUUUCUAAAAUAAUAUCAAGAUCUGUAGCCAACCAAUACAUCAACAACUAUGCAUUUUUUGCAAGAGGUCAUCUAGCGCCAAGGGCUGAUUUUAUAUUUGAUUCUCAACAGGCAGCGACAUUUUACUAUGCUAAUGUAGGGCCUCAGUGGCAAUCGUUUAACAAUGGAAACUGGGAAAAAUUAGAAUCGGCCAUCAGAAAGUUUGUCAUCAAUAAGCAACUGGAGUUGAUAGUUUAUACAGGAACUUAUGGUAUGUACGAAAUCAACGGUAAAAAGAUGUUUUUAACCUAUGAUGCAGCUGAGCAGUAUAAGAUUCCGAUUCCGCAGAUAUUUUGGAAAAUCUUGUACGACGAAAAGAAUGAGAGGGCUGUGGUUUUUGUCGGGCUCAACGAUCCAUAUGGCGACCCGUAUGAUAAUCCAGCUAAGAAAAUAUGCUCUGAAGAUAUAUGCCAUUUAAUUAGUUGGGUGUCUUUUAAACCGAAUCCAAAGAACGGCCUAAUGUAUUGUUGUGAAUUUUAUGAUUUUAUUGAAACAGUGAAAUUUCUUCCUCCGAUUGGAAUCGUGAACGAUGUACUCUACAAUUAAUAUAUAUGUGUAUAAUUUUUUUUAACACCUGACAAAAUUAAGAAUAAUCGCAGUUACUUAAUUAUAAACCCAUAUAAAUUAUAUGGAUUUGUUUUUAAUGUAAUCGAAUUACUAUUAUAAUAGGGUUAGGACUUAUGAG